AUGGCCUCUGCUACCUCCGGUCCUCAGAUCUUCGAGGAUGCCCACCGUGCUCCCAAAUCGUCCGUUUUUCGGGCCAUGAUUUCAUCAAAGCACAAGAGAAACCAGUCCGCAGACGAUGCCAUGCCACCACAGCUUCCACCGAUCAAAACAUCCGAUCCCAGUCCCUUUCCAUGGACUCAGCAGCGUACCUCCGCGCCCGGUCAUCUUCCACUGGGUGAGAUAGUCCCAAACCGCGAUGCCGGGGAUAGCCACGUUCCAACGGCCAAGUAUGGUAGCAAGGAGGGUAAGGGGGUCCUGUAUAAGAAAACGAAGAGCACCGUCUCCUUAAAGUCGCUGAGAAGCUAUAUGGAGCGGAAGGACGGGAAGUCUGAGGAACCCGAAGUGUCAGAAGAAAUGAAACCGAAGAAGGCCAAAUCGAACAACAGUCUCUCGGCCAUUCUAAAACGAUCACAGCGGGGCCGUAAGGAUGGUUCAAAGCAGAGCCGCGAUAAAGAGAACCGCAGCCCAACCGAUCUGGUUGACAGUAUGCCAUCGCCAAUUUGGCCCCAAGACUCUACCCCGACGUAUCAACAACAGACCAGUCGAUCCCGACAGAAUUCAACAGCAGACCGGCACCGAAGUGUCGCAGACGAGCUUUCCCUCUACACACCCAAGGGCUACAGCCCCGCUCAGCAACGAAACUUUUAUGACUAUCACCAACCCUCGCUGACCAGAGCUGGCGAGAUUAAGCCGCGCCCCAAGUCAGAAAACUUUACGGCCAACAAGAAAGUGAAGGAUGUGCUGGGAGCUUUGCAGCGUCUCCCCACGAAUGAGGUCAAUACAAUUGACCGGGUCAGCAGUUCCCCGUCUAAGAGUCACGGUCUGGAGAGAGCCAGGAAGAUGUCAGCUCCUGAGCCUCCGGCACCUAAAUCUCCCGAGAAGGAUGCCAACCCUAAGCGAUUGUCCCGUGUGCAGGCUGCUAUCUCAGCAUUUAAUGCCAAGGACAAAGAUGCUGAAGUUCACCGACAUCUUGAUUCCAAGGACGUCGAAAGCGAAUUUGAAAAGCUAUUGGAUGCAAGAAAUAUUCCACAUAACAUGCGCGACAAGAUGCGCUCCCUUGACACCAAUAUCAAAGUUGACUUCAUCCAAAAAGACCGAUCUGAAAAUAUAGCUCCCAACAGUGCGGGUACCUCUGAUAGUCGCCGUGGGCGCGGAAAGGAGUCCAAAGAUGAGCAGAAGUCACAGGACCGCAAGGGUUCCCGAUCGCGGUCCAGAAGCCGUGGAUUCACCUUCGGCAGAGGCUCCUCGUCUCCGGGCAAGAAGGCCAGGCCAGAGAGCGGAACGUUUGCUCGUCCACGUUCGGUAGAUCUUUCGCAGCCUGUUGGCGUUUAUACAACACUUCACCCAGGUGGCUCGACUGCAACUCUUUCCGAAGCGGCUGCCGUGGACACUGCGGCUGACCCAUCGGACUUUGUGCAUUAUCUGAGAGAGAUCCAAAAGCCGGAAAUAAUUGAAGUAGGCAAGCUCCAUAAGCUGCGUCUCCUGCUUCGCAAUGAGACAGUAAGCUGGGUCAACAGCUUCAUUACUGAAGGCGGGAUGGAUGAAAUUGUACAGCUCAUCUACCGCAUUAUGAAGAUGGAAUGGCGUGAGGACCACGAGGAUACCCUUCUCCAUGAAGCUCUGCUUUGCCUGAAGGGUCUUUGCACAACAUCCAUUGCUCUUGCUCACCUCACCAGCAUCGAGGCAGAACUUUUCCCCGCCUUGUUGAAGAUGCUGUUUGACGAAGAGAGGAAGGGUCCCAGCGAGUUCACAACCCGGGGAAUCAUCAUCAACCUCCUUUUCACACAACUCUCUACAACCUCUCCAGGCGAACUGCCCGUUGAACGUGCCGGGCGGCUUCUUGCCUACCUACGUGACCCCUUACCGGCUGAUGAUAACCAGCCGGUCUCGUUCAUUGCCAAUAUAUAUCAAUCCCGCCCUUACCGCGUGUGGUGCAAGGAAGUCACCAACGUGACGAAAGAGGUCUUCUGGAUCUUCCUGCACCACCUGAACGUCAUCCCACUCCCUAAGGCAGAUCCCAAGUCGGACGAUCCCUUCACCGACAAACGUCCUGUGGACAGUCGCCCAUUCUCCCAGAAACACUUCCCCGCUCCUCGCCCACCUGUCCCAGCAGCUCCAUACGUUGGGGGUGUUGAAUGGGAUGCUACAAACUAUUUGGCCGCUCAUCUCGAUCUUAUGAACGGUCUCGUUGCCUCUCUCCCUACCGUUGAUGAGCGCAAUCAACUCCGCUCUGAGCUCCGAGCCUCUGGAUUUGAGAAGGUCAUGGGUGGCACCAUGCGCACUUGCAAGGAGAAGUUCUACUCCUCUGUUCAUGAAUGUCUACGCACUUGGGUGGCUGCGGCAGUGGAAGAUGGCUGGCCAUACACAUCGGUGCGUGAGGGACCCCCUCGCUCAGGAGAACCCGGCUCUCCUACUAAGUCCCCCAAGAAGGCUGCACCAGGAAGCCCCAAGAAGGGUCUGGUUGAUGAAAAGCCACCAAAGCUGGAGUUGGCACUGAAUCUCCCCCUCAACCUCCCAGACAGCCGUGCUGCUCCAAGUCCAUUGUCACCAUCCAGUGAUCUACGCAGUUGGCUCUAG